AUGGAGCGUUUGAAGUUAGUUCUGCAAUACUUUCAAUCCAACUCGGAGUCAAUCUCCAACGGAAUCUGUGCGCUUUUGGCACUUAUCAGUGUUAAACUCUACACAAGUUUUGAUUUUAACUGUCCGUGCAUCGCUCAAUAUAACAAAUUAUACGGACUGGGGGUCAUGUUCGUACCCCCAAUCAUACUUUUCCUACUGGGAGUGCUCAUUAACCGACACACGGGCGUAAUGAUGGAAGAAUGGCUAAGACCCAUUGGCAAAAGAUCAAAAAAUCCAGCUGUGAUCAAACACUUGUUCUCAGGCAUGAUCCAGAGAAGCCUCCUGGCCCCCAUGGUGUGGAUCCUGGUGACCCUCCUGGAUGGGAAGUGCUUUGUGUGUGCGUUCAGCAUGAACGUGGACCCAAGGCAUUUCAGCGGCAUUCCCAACAACACCGGGCUGGAGAUGACCAAGCUCCUAGCGAAGGUGCCCUGCAAGGAGGAUGCCAUCUUCCUGAACACCACCUUCCGCAAGGCUGUGUCACGUUAUGUCCGUUGCUACUCUCAGGCGAUAGGCUGGUCCAUCCUGCUGCUCCUCAUACUGUUGGGAGCAGUGGGUCGAGUGGUCAAGCCCUGCUUCAACCACGCCAACUCUCUGCAGACGCGCUACUGGAGCAACUACCUAGACAUCGAGCAGAAGCUCUUCGAGGAGACCUGCGUCCUGCACGCACGCGACUUUGCCCGCAAGUGCGUCGUGCAGUUCUUCGAGGGCAUGCGUGAUGACUCUGUACUACGCUUGCCGCUGGCCCGUGCUCUGAUCACCCGACCCUGCCGUAGGGACGAGUUUGAGGAAGAGGAGGAGGAGGAGCGUCUCCAUGGCAUCACCCGUCAGGAGCAGGUGGACCAUAUGCUGCACACCUGGUACCAGUGUAAGCCUGAGCUGGAUGUGACCAAGAUGGCUUACAAACCCAGAGCCUGUAUCACCUGGGAGGAUGACCGAGGCCGGGCAGUGUUCUCUGAUGUAUAG